AGUCUGUUUGAGGUGACGCAAGAUCCGGAGAAAACGAGUGCAGUAGUUGAGGCGCCACGUCGGCAGAACCAACAAGAUACAUCCUAUACUUUCUUAAGGAAAAGUUUUGAAACUGCGAAAGUACGAUUUUACGUGCGUUGAAAUACAGGGCAGCACGCUAUUAAAGUAUAGCUUUGAAUAGAGGAGUUUGGACAAAAGUAAAAAGGCACAGCCUGGAAAUUGCGAUAAGAUUUUCAGGAAAACAAACGAGCGCACCAAUUAUUCGUCUCAGGUGCGUUUUUUAAAAAGACGUAGCAUUCUCUUCUACAAGCGGCCAUCAGAAAAUAUUGGAAACAUGGUGAAGAACGUGAACGCCACCCCAGAGCCCCAGCCUGAAGGUUGUCUCGUGGGAGAAGAACCUGAGUCUACUGAAAGCGAGCCCACAGCAGGUGAAGGGAAGGAGCACCCUGUGACCCAGCCGGGCAUGAUCUGGCGGGUCGGGGGUGGCCUGUUCAGCGCCAGUAAAACUUUGGUGGGAGCCACAGUAGGAGGAGUCGCCUGGCUCGGCGGGAAGAGUCUGGAGUACACAAAAUCAGCAGUUACCUCCGUCCCCUCAAUGAGCGUCAGCCUGGUGAAAGGGGUAGCCGGGGGCGUGUCAUCGGUUGCCGGGGGUGUGUCAUCAGUGGGUUCCACGGUAGCCGGCAAAGUUCCGUUCAAAUCCAAGACAAAGGACAAGGCAGAGUGAGGAGGAGAUGAUGAUGGACACACAACAUGAUGCAUCGCCCCUCCCCCCCUGACUGAGCCAGAAGAGGAAGUGAUGAGAGUUGAGACGAAGCUAGUCGCCAUGUCUUCAAAGUUCAAAGUGGAUAUUUUUCGUUCGUUUUUUAUUUGUUUGUUUGUACAUCACAUUCACUAAGUUGUACCUGGGAAACUUGUUCAGUAGUGCCUUCAGUAGCCUCCCCCUUCUUUCCCGGUUUUGUUUUUGGUCCGUUUCUUUUCUAUGUUUUUGUUAGUGUUGAGGAGGGAGAUUACUGUUUAUUCAGGCCAGUGGUCACAUACGUCCCGCUCUCUGCUCCCCCUUACCGUCCUCCAUUCCCCCUCAAAACACAAAUUCACUGUGCAGUGUGUACAGGGGGUCUUCAUCCAAACCUACAUGGCCCCCUGAAGCCUUAAGACAACAUAAAGUAGUUGUAUAGAGAGGGAGACAGACAGACAUGCUUGGUUGGGUUCUUCUCUUCCACCAUUUAAAGCCUGGUUUGUGGUUUAUAAUGAUGUGCUGGAAUUUUUGUAUGAGCUUCUUUUGUGACCGCUCUCCUAACACAGAACAUAGCUUGUUUCAAAAUGCGACAAUGAACCGUAUGAACAUGUGUUGAAGAUAUAACUUUUUGGGACUUCUGAAAAGUUUGAUAGCAUUUUACUAAAUAAGAGUUGGAGGUGGUGUGAUUCUGAGAGACAAUAGCCUUGUUAGGUUGAUGUGGUGACAAAACGAUAUGAUCACUUUAAUCAUGGUAAUUCAAUAGAUGCAUAUGAAAUGGAGACGUCAUAAAUUUGACACAAAAUAAAAUAUAUAUUUAUUGAUGAGGGCUAGUUUCUGUCUGUCUGUUUUGGCCGUUUAAUAACAUUUCUAUGGAAACUCAGCAUUUCAAUGCAACAGUUUGGGUUUGUCUGUAUUCUGCCAUGACUUUGCUGUUGUUGGUAGAGAAUGCUGAUAUGAAUGUCUCGUAUGCUUGUACUUUUGUACUUUCCAACAUAAUAAAGUAUUGUGGGAAGUUUGACUUUA